ACAGUAAGUUGUAGAAUGACCACCGGGAUAUUUGUUUUUAUUGACAGCGGGAAUAUAGGAUUUUCGUAAAAAAUUUUCAAAUUGCAUUUCCUAUUCUAUUAGCUUGUGAUUUAGUUGUGUGACCACGUAAGACUGUUCAGGAAGCUAUGGCGGAUGACAUCAAACCAAAGGAAGAUGAGAGAAAAGAAGAGAAGUCGGAGAAAUCUGCUGAAGAAGAAGAGCCUCCUCUGGAUUUAGUUAGUGCCAAGGAAGAGUACUUUGGAUUGCUGAGAACUUGGGUUAAUCAGGCCAAUCAGAGUCACAAUGCCAUGACUUACUUCCCCUACUACCUCAUGUCCAACUACCCGCAGCUGUUUCAGGCACAGACGUCUCCAGCUGCUUCCCAGGGUCCCAAUAGGAAUCUUUUUGGAGGCAAUCCGGACUUCUAUGACAGUCCAGCGAGGAAUGAGGAGAGAAUUAAUCAAACUGGGGGAUAUGAAUUUAUUAUAGCGCCCCUGUGGAAGAGAUUCUGUGCAGAAGUUGUGGAUUUCAUGAUUGUACUUCUGAUAAAAUUGCUCAUCACCUUUGGGAUUGUUGAUCUCCUGGACAUUGACCUGAAGAUCGACUUUGACUUUGACACUAUCCGGAACUCCAUUGAGGACGACUAUUCGCAGCUGCUUUCCUUCACGUCUGAACUGGUUUUCCUGGAGAUCAUCACGAAGCUGGCUGUGUGCAUUUACGAGGCUGCCUGGACGGCUCAAGGGCAUGGAAUUCUUGGAGGAGCAACCCCGGGGAAGAUUAUCUUUGGCCUGAGAAUCCUUCAUGUUGACGCAGUUGUUCCCCUUGAAGCUCUCCCGCAGCCAGGUCCAGGUCUCAAUUACGGCAAUCCCAUGAAGGCUCUGCUCUACCCAGCCACAAAUCCGGGCUUCAAGCGUGCCCUGUUCCGUGCUGUUGCCAAGAAUGCCAUGAUGGCUCUGCUCUUUCCAAUGUGCUUCAUCAUGUUCUUCUUCAGGAACAAUCGCACCGGCUACGAUGUCCUCACCAAGACCAUUGUCGUGGAGGAGAAUCCGACACCGGUAUUCCGGAGACGCUAACCCCAUUCAGCCACUUUCGCAACUCCCGUGAUUGAUGAUCCUCUAUUAAUCUGCAAUUUUCCCACUUUUUUUUUUUUAAAACCACCCGCAUUUGAGGCACUUUCUCCCGGGCUCGCACCUUUCACGGGAGCGAAUUGCAGAUGGUUGGUUUUUUUGUGAUUGCAGAGGAAAUGCCACAGUCUCUGCACAAAUUGUCCAGUCACGUGAAAUAAAUUUGGUUUAUCCGUAAAA